AGCCCCCUAGAGCUGAGUCAGUCCUUCCUCUCUUCCACAGCAUUGCAGCACUUCGGCAGGAAAGCCAGCCCCUCUGCCUCCGCUUCUUCUUCCCUGGCGGCAGCGGCACAAGCAGCAUCCUCCUCCUCCUCCUCCUCGCUCUCCGGUCUCCAGCUCACCGCCAUGGCCAGCACCGUCUCAGCCUACAAAGAGAAGAUGAAGGAACUGAGUCUGCUCUCAUUGAUUUGUUCCUGUUUCCAUACCCAGCCACACCCAAAUACCAUCUACCAGUAUGGAGAUAUGGAGGUCAAGCAGCUGGACAAGAGAGCUUCUGGCCAGAGUUUUGAAGUGAUUCUGAAGUCGCCUUCAGACUUGUCCCCUGAGAGCCCAGUACUCUCCUCUCCCCCCAAGAAGAGGGACCUGUCCCUGGAAGAGCUACAGAAGAGGCUGGAGGCUGCAGAGGAGAGAAGGAAGAGCCAGGAGGCCCAAGUUCUGAAGCAGCUGGCAGAGAAGCGAGAGCACGAGAGGGAGGUUCUGCACAAGGCCUUGGAAGAGAACAAUAACUUCAGCCGGCUGGCUGAGGAGAAGCUGAACUACAAGAUGGAGCUGAGCAAGGAGAUCCGUGAAGCUCAUCUAGCGGCCUUGAGGGAGCGACUCCGCGAGAAGGAACUGCACGCAGCCGAGGUGCGCAGAAACAAGGAGCAACGGGAAGAGAUUUCUGGAUAAAGGGCUUUUCUACACAACUAGCACCUGCUUCCUAACAAACAAAUCCCAACUUUUUUUUUUGUCUAUACAAGGCAACAUCUGAUUUCUCCAUUGCCAUUUCCCUCCCCCACCUUCCCUCUGGUGUACCAGGCUACAUCUCCCUCCCUCCAUCCCUCCCUCCCUCCUCCGUAUUCUUAACCUAGCAGGGUUCAUAGGAACCCCUCUGCAGAAUAGCAACUAGUUCACACACAUGAAAUAUAGAAUCCAUAAAUCAGCUUCUCUUUGGGCUUUUCUUCUUUGAGGAAAAAACAAGAUCCUUAAGCAAAUGCACAAGAAUUCAGGUGAUAGGUUGAACGCAUUCAGCAAUGUUGUCAAGACGAGGGCUGUUCUCUAUGAGCCAUUCGCUGCUCUUGGUAUGUGCCCCAAGCCAGUAAAGAAUGAGGAAUCAGACAAAGAAGAGCCCUUUCUGGCCCAGAAGGGUGGCAGGGUCUGCUUCACACAUUAUGCAUUUUUAGGUGUACACUUCUAAGUGUCAACUUGAAAUGUCAAGUGAGGACAAAAGUAUGUUUGCCAAAGUGAAUCCUAUACAUGCACUCAUUCAGAUGCCAGGACUGGCAGUGGCGGAGUAUAGUUUCAGUGACAAGUCUGAGGUUUGCUUCUGUGUAAUGUGUGAAAGGGCUCUCAUUGCUUUCUCAGUGGCUAGAGCAGGGGUGGGAUGGUGGAAGGAUUUGGUGAAGAAGAGCCUCUUGCUACUGAGUCUUUGCUUUCUGUUGGCUGAUUUGCAGUUUUGAUGAAUUGAGCUAGUAGUCCAGAGCCUGGAGAACACACACAAGACAGAGCACCACAGCAAGCAUGAAUUGCUGCCCUGUUUGGUCACAGAUGGUAAUUGUGUCUAUGGCUUGAAUCAUGGUUUUAUGUUCAGAAGAUUUCUCUUCAGGCCUAAGGAAUGCUGGCUAAGCAGGGGCAUUGCAUGACCCAAACCCAUGGAAGCAGAGGCACUCUUACCCCUGGACUUUGGGGCUGAAAUCUAGCGCCUCCACACCCCCUGCCCCCCCCAAUCCCUUGUAGUCUAUCCUGUGUGGUAUGGUUUGUGCCCUCAAGAACCUAUGUGUUAAAAAACGAUGCUUAACUUGCGGGGGGGGGGGGGGCUCCAAAGGCCUUUAGGUCCAGGCUCCAAAAUUACCUAGGUGCACCUCUGCCUGGAAGACAAAUGGUUUCUGGCACAGAGCAACCUUUCACUUUGGCCAUUCACUCCACACACCAGGAAAGGUGCAUCUCUGCACAGCAACCUACAGGCCUUUAGCUCAACACUGUCACCAACCACAGUACACUGCACCUUUCCCUAAAGAUGGGAGCGUUUUGCCAGUAGCAUUGCAGGAGAUGGAUCUGGAGUCAGGACCACAAGGCUCUGUUGUUUUAGAUAGGACGUUGUUGCGAGGGACAUAAAAGACCCUUUAACAGUCUCUAAUCAUUGCAGCUUCCACUAAGGAAGGAGGAGGGGAGAAGAGGCACGGUAGCAGGCGGGCGUCUCUGUUGAUCGUGAAGCUGGGGAUACACAAAAGGCAAGAGCAAUGGAAUGUUCCGAUGGUGAUAGACUGUAAGGGCAGCUGUGCCUCCCCUUCACCCAGAAAGGCAGGCACGUGAAGCAAGGAAAGGGAGAUGUGUCUCCAGUCUAUGGAGCUGGUCGUAACAUCCAGAUGUAACCCUGAGGAGUCAAGGGUUUGAGGAGCCUCUUUACAGCUCUUUUCCAGGUCAGGUACCUGAGUUUAAAUGGGGAAAUACAUGCAGAGCACAAUUAAGUUGUGAAUAUCAGUUAUUUACUUCAUUUAUAACCUGCCUUUCAGCUCACACUGUACCAUGUCAGGAACCCCACAUGAAAACAGUAAAGUGCAUUGAGAAUGCCCACUAAAUCUCUAAAACCUACUGCAAGGGGGGGAAAGACACCCAAUGCCUGGCAGUAGAAAAAGGCUUUAUUCUGCUUCCUAAAGGUUAAACACAUUUAAAACAGAGGUUAACUAGUAUAUCCACGUUUAAAUGGUUGGGCUUAGCCACCGCCACUGUUAAGCAGAGAUGCAGCAAGUGGAGGAAGCUCAAGCUACUGCUUUGGUGCUUAUUUCAGGGAAACCCAGCCAUUCAGAUAUGUGGACAGACACCAUUCCAAUCGAUGAUGCAGCAUGUGUAUUUCAACAUUUAAAUCCAGAUACUUAAAAAGAAAAAAUUACAGGAGUUUGCAAAGUAUGCACCAGCCAUCAGACUAGACAUGUGAGGGAUUCGAGGCCAGCUCCCCAUUCUGCAAUGCCACUCCUUGGGUGUCCUUUGCCAGUUCCUGUGUGUCUCAGCCCUAAAACUACCUCACUGAGUGGCUGUGACCAUAGAUGACGAUGGCAAGACAUUUCUGACACUGAAUUGUGGCACAGAAGGGAUCAACAAUCCUACAGGAGGCCUUGCAUCGUAACUCAUUGCUGGAGUUAACACUGGCUCCAGCACAAAGUCAGGUCUGAUGUGAGGGGACUGGAGAUUUAGCACUGAAGGAUGCAGAAUGCCAGCCAAGUGAAAUCUUAACAAGUAAGUUGGCUUUUGAACAGCCCAAUCCUGAGGCCCUUGAAUCAAAAGCAAGUCCCACUGAAUUCAGUGGGGCUUACUCCUUAGUUAAUGUGCCUUGGCUGGGGCUUCAUGUCUGAAGGUUUGCCCCUUGCCAACCAAGUUCACCUGUGAAAUCUCAUGGUUCCCCAGUAAUUCAGGCUCUCAUUGUGCUGGCUAGCACAGAAUGAUUUUGCUCUUGUCCUGGCCAUGUUAUCGUUUCCCUCUUGGAUAGCACUUCUAGUAGCCAGAGCUUUGCAGUGUUGUUUGAUUCACCUGUACAAUCACCUUGUCAUUAUUAUAGUUUUGAAAAUGGGGAACGAAGGCUCAGAGACAAUAGUCCUGUUCACCCAUUAUGUUCAAUAAUGCAGAUACAAUCAGUAUGCAGUGGCUGACAUCCAGCCUACAUUACUCUUGAGUAGCCCUAUUGAAAUUAAGUACUUUUAAAAGAAGAAUUCCUUAGUACUAUUGAGUAAUUUCAUCCUGAUGUCAGCCAGUGUGAGCAUGUAUAGAUCUGUACACAUGUUUAGUAAUUCACAUAUUAUGUUCGAUGCAGUACCCUUCCUUUACCUUGCAUUGAGUGGGGCCUGUACCUAAGUUUACUUUUUAAAUGAAUGCCUUCACAAUCACUCACAUAAACCAUAUACAUGUGUAUAGACACCUGCAUGCACAUACAAUGUAAUGUCUGAACAGGGCUAAUACCUGGCCCAAGAAUCCGUAUCUAAACUGAAUUUAGCUACAUCCCACCAGCUUUGGCCACUUGUCCACAUGAGCUCAGAAAUCUUCUAGAUUCCUACUGGAAGCAGUAAAGUUCUCCUGAAUCUCCAAUGAUUCCUGUCUUCCUGGUUUCUGGUCAGAUUUCAGUAGUGCCUUUCCAGACACCAGGGUAAAGGGUUUGAUGACCCAUGGUGCCAUUGGGGGGGGCACUAAUCUUGCCAGUAACAUCAGCCCUUGUGGAUUCUCACCCCAUCACAGAACUCUCUUCCUUAGGUUCUGUGGGCACUGCCCCUUGGUGGCAGGAGCUAUGAUGUGAACCAUGACACCUUGGAGUUCAGAAAUUGCUCAGUCAGGGUUACCAGAAUGGUUACCAUCAGGGGGUGGAGUUCAACAUAGAAGGUCCAUACAGCCAUAUCAGAGCAGCAGUUCUCAAAAGUGACUACCAUGAACUUUAUAGAUUCAGUUGAGAAAAUACAGGCUGGCUUCAGAAAUGGAGACAGUCCAGGGUCACAGGACAGAGAGGGAAGUGCAGUGCUGAAGAAAGGAGCCAAAGGAUACCAUUGAGUAGACUCCAAGAUCCACAGCACCAUUGGAUGCUACAAGAAGUGGGGUGGGUGGGUUCUCAGCCACCCACUUAGGCAGAAAGCAAGAGACCCUGACUCAGUCAAGGCACGGAUGGAAACUGGUUGGAAGUAGGUGGUAUCACAGACCUUUCCCAGCACCCAUCCUGCCUUCCACGUGGAGUACCAAGGCACUAGAGAAGGGGUUCCCAAUCCUGGAUCCUCAGAUGUUGGGCUAUUACCCCUAUCAUCCCCUGCCAUAACGGAGGCCACUGUGAAUGGGAUGAUGUAGUGCAUCAACAUCUGGGGACCCACAGUGGGAACCCGUGCAGUAGAGAGCUUUGUAUCCAAAGAGGCUACCAUGCCCACUGAAGCAUGUUUGAGCAACUGGCGGCUCUCCAGCUGUUGCUGGACAACAAAACCUAUCACCCCCAGCCACUAUUAUGGCUGGGGAUGAUGGUAGCUGUAGUCGAACAACAGCUGGAAUGUAACCCCUGUGUUGAAGGGUCAGAAGGAAGACAGAGCUGUCAGCCCUGUCUGUGAAGCAGUGUGCUUGGGGUCCAGAGGAAGGGCUGGGCUUGAAUGUUCUCGCAAGUGAAUCCAUUCCUAAACAGCAGCUGUCCUAGAUAAGCACCUGUGUAUAAUGCAGAAUCAUCUCAUCCAUCCUAUAGUGAGGAAACAUGUUAAAACAUUUAAAUUAAAAUAAUAAUAAUUUUAAGGAAAAAAUAGAGUUUGUGUGUAAGAAGUGGUUGCAGUCAGUGCUGAUGUCCUUGAGUGGGGUCGAUGAGCACAACUGCAAGCUGUUAACAAUGUCUCUUACUUGCUGUGGUGCUGGGUGUUUGAUUGGUGUGUAAUUUUGACUUGUUGUAAAUACUGUUUUUAGUAGUAUGGUUAUAAAUGACUGACAUUGAUGGUAAUGGUGAUGGCAACUAGGAACGUCAUACUCAUGAGCAUGAGCUCAAAAGCGGCAUUCGCCUUGGUUAUUACCCAUGUGGAGUCCAAAAGCAUUUAGAGCCGGAGUCUCAAAGUGUGGAUGUCCUACAGAUGUUGGCCUACAACUCCCAUCAUCCCUGACUACUGGCCAUUGUGGCUGGGCGGAUGGGAGCUGUAGUCCAAAAACAGCCAGAGGACUGCAGUUCAAGACCCCCGAGUUAGGUAUAGGUUAACAGGCAGAAUGUCUGAGGCCUGGUUCUCACUGAUAUACGUCUGGGCUAUACCACUAGAGAUGGUGAUGAGAAUUCUCAUGACUGAAUGCUCCUCCAUACAAAAAUAUUUCCUGCACAUAGAAAACCAGCAUGUCAAGCAGAUGACUAGGCUAGAACACAGUUUUCUAUGUGUAGCAGAUGUUUUUGUAUGGAGGAGCAUCCCGCGGUGUAAGCACCCACCUGCAUCCUGAAGUGGUACAGCUCAGACACAGGCUGGCCACCACAACGAGGGCUUAUAGCACACAUGGCAUUAAAUGUGUUGCAUGGCCCUGGGAACCAGGCCUGGGUCAGAACAGAAAGGGUUAGUAUCGAUGCACUGCUGCACGGUCAGUCUUUUUGCCUGGAAGAGCAGCUGAGAUGCUUUACAUAUUUUUUUUAAAGCGGGAGAUUUGGGGAAGCAGCACAAACAGAAUUAAAAAGGAGGAGCUAGAAGCUCACUAGCGCAGGACUUUUCAGACUUCUGUACUCAGAUGUUGUUGGACUACAAUUCCCAUCAUCCCCAGUCACAAUGGUAUUUGGCUGGCAGUAAUGGAAGCUGUAGUCCAACAACAUCUAGGAACACAAAUUUGAGAAGCCCUGCACUGGUGAACUGGGAUGGAACUGAGAAAAUCUGUUCUAAAGAUACUACGAGGUCAAAAGCUAGAUGGAAAGAGAUUUGUAAGGGAGUGCAUUUAAAAAAACAACUGAGCCUGACAUUCUGGAAGAUCUAGUUUCAGUCUAGUAGUCAUACAGCCUUGAGGUCUACAUGAUCCAGUUUGUCCCUUAAUAACAGCAAACAAAGCAUACAGUAGGUGAACUUGUGGAAGGUAAUACAAUCUCUUUCUCUAUGAAGGCCUCCUUUUACUUCCCAACAAUACAAUCACUGAGUCUGGCUGCUUCACCCCUGUUGUCCUUGGGUCUUUGGAUUCAUGUACUACUCCAAAUCCUCAUAGUGAACGAUGAUGAGUCUAAGUCUGUGUGUAGGCUCAGAAUUAUUUGCUUUCUGGAGACACUGAUAAAUGUAAUUGCUGGAAGACUUAGCUGAAUUACACACUUCACUUCUAAGAUUGGUAGCUGAAUGCAUGAAAUGCAUUGUACUUAAGGUGACAUGGAAAUUCGGUGUCACCCAAUCCAAGAUGGCCUAUUUACACAUGCAAGUCAUGUUUCAGUCUUUGAGAUGAACAUGCCUGUGUGAACAAGGCCUUAGACAGUCAACACUAGUCAGUGAAUUCUACCUAUGGUGCUUAUGUAGAUAAGAAUGGAAUCUUUAUUUCUAUCACAUAACUCUUUCAGUGCUUUUACGAUAUAGCAGGUGUAUCCAAGGAUGGAUUAGCUUCGGGUAUGCUGAUGCAUCAGGUAGAGGAAAUGGGCAUGUUAUCUGAUAGAAGUCUGGAUCAGUCUUUAUCAUUAUUGAUGUAAUAUGCUAUGUAAAGGAAAUUAUACCAAAUGCAUCAGGAGCUAUACAAUUGGAUGUAUGAGAGAGGCCAGGAAAAUGAGUUUGCUGAGUAUCAAAAGAUUCAUCAAAGAGAUGCAUUUUUUCCACAGCCUGAAAUGUUGAAUAAUACUGUAUAAUGUGUGCUUACCAGAACAUCUUAUUCAUGGUAAAAACAAAACCAAAACCCAACAACUUUGGAGAAGUGGCUCUGAGCGAAUGAUAAAGCUUGUCCCUGGCACAUUUUAUUGUUAUUUAUUUAUUUAUUGUUAAAUUUAUAUACUGCCUUUCAUUAAAAACAAUCCCAAGGUGGUUUGUUUUUCAUCCACAAUGAAAUUCACUUCCUAGGAUGACUAGGGAUGGAGUUAUUUGUGCUAGAACUUGAACUUCUUGCCUUUCAUCCGCCCCCUCUCCACAGAAUUCCCCUUUGCAGCCAUUCCCAUAGGUUGCUGUUUGCAAGGAAAUUCUACGCGAUAUAAUUUCUAAUUUUCUUGUGACAGAACUAAAAGGUUUCAAAGAACCUUCCCUUGACACACUUCUAACUUGUUUUUGAGGUGCUCCAUACUUCUCUUAGAGAUUAUGAGCUGAAUUUGGGGCCAAGCAACCAAGCUGAAUGUGAGGGAGAGGAAUUAAGCUGUGUUAUUUCAGAUUCGGGGGGGGGAUAUACAAAUUAUUAAGCACCUGAAAGUGGUUUAGCACAUUUCCAGUGCUUACUUUGCCAUAUUUUCCAUAUGCAAAUUGGGAGCCUGCUCAAUGCAAGAAGAGAAAUUUUGCAGUUGACACAAACUUAUUCAGCAUUAGCAAUUCCAAGAAAAGGGCUAAAAGUCUGUAUCAUGUUCAGAGUACUCAAUCUUCCACUUCUUUUAACAGAGCAACAGCUCUGCCUUGUUUUCAGACAGUACAGCUGUAAGACUGUAAGUUCUGUGGCUUUGUCCAUGCAUAUUUUGGAAAAUCUUAUUUCAAGUAUCAUUUUGUUGCUGUUGUGGAACAAACCCCACUGCUAAUGAUGUUGGGAGGGGAUUACCCCAAAUGCUUUUUCAGUGCAAAGUGGUGAUUACCUGAGAUCUGCAUUCAUGUCAUAAGGAGGGUUUUCUGCCACCUGUUUAACAUCCUUCUAUAGUCCUGAGUGUCUUCUUGGUUGUCUGGCACAACUGGCUUCAUUCCACAAAACUUGCAUGGCUGUCAUUGGGCCCUCCCACUCAGUGUGAUUAUGUGCCUGUGUGCAUUCAAGUAAACCUAUCUAGCUAGUGAAUAUUGCAUCACACACAUGGAGGCAGGGAAUGGCUGUUUAUGGUGCUAUUGAUAUUACUGAACAGCAGAUUUCAUACUCGGACUGCUAAUACACUACACUUUGUAGUCAGGUAUCUCUUGAGCAAUGUAGAACACAGGCACUAGUCACAAUUUGGGCUUUUACAGCCCACAGCUUUGCUGUAUAGUGAAAAGAGAGUCGUGACCUUCGAUGCUAGAGAGGUGAGCGAUAUGUCCAAAGCUAGAGUCUUAUUCUGACAGAUAUGUGGAUCAGCAGCUCUUGCUACAACCUGCUGACGUCCUUGAAAGCAAGUCCCAUUGGAACCAAAGGGACUUACUUCUGGAGCAAACUUAGUUGAGACUCGGCUGUCGAUCUUCUUGUUUCUCAGCCAUGGAAUAUGUAAAAUGGGGAGAAGACUUCCUCCUUCACAGGGGUGCUGUUAAGGGUUACUGUAUGGAGAGCGCUGUGUAAGAGUUGUGUUAUGGCUUUAACACUGGCCUCCUCCUCGUGUAAGAGUGGGCUGAGCCUACACAAAGGCGGCUUUAAAUCUCCAAUCCUCAAUGGCGUUUCAGUUCCCCAAGAACUUCCCUCCUGUCCUCUCCUGAUAAAGUCUGUCUGAAUGUCAUUGGUCUUGCACAGGAUUCACUUCUUAGGAUGCAGCAUGUGCUGUCUUUGUCCUUCCCAAUAGGCAGGAAAGUGAAGAAACUGUAAUGGUGUUAUGAAUGGACUUUUCACACUCUUGAAAAGAGCCUCAUGUGAUUCCUUUAAGUCUACCACAUGCAUUUCAUUGUCAACUUGAGGUCGUUGUUGUGCAAAAGAAGUGAUUAAUGAGGAAAAGAAAUAAACUUGGUAUGAAACCACA